GCGACUAUUGCGCGCCAUCUCCAUUUCCAUUCCGUUCUGCUGCUGCCCCUAUGAACGCCAUCCUCGCGCCGCAUGGGAUGGCAGGAGCGCAUCGUCUUUUUUCGUGACUUCGCAUACGCGCAUCCGCCCCGACGCACCCGCAUGGCUUCGGGCACUGUUGGCGACGUGCCCGCUGCCACUUAUGCAGAACUCCUUUCGGGCCGUAUGAUCGAUAUUUAUGUUGGCGAGGGCAGGCGCCACUGGGCGCUGCACCGCAACCUCCUCUGCCACCAUUCCGAGCUGCUGGAGUCGGAACUGCAGGGUCACAAUGGCAAACAGCGACAGGAUAGCCUCGACCUACCGGACCACGAUCCGGCGGGCUUCGAACUGCUUGUGAAAUGGCUCUAUCAGGGCAAGCUGGACGAUGUGUCCGACAUGCCAGAUGCGAACCAGAAGUACGACUACGCCGUCAGCUGUCACAAGCUCUACCUGCUGUGCGACCGCUUCGACAUGCCGCAACUCAAGAACGUGGCCAUGGACCAAUACCGCAAAGGCCUCAACCAAGCGGAGCUGGUCCCGGACGCUGAAGAGAUUGACGAGAUCUAUCGCAAGAGCCCGAAAGACUCGCCGUUCAGGCGCCUGAUGACGCGCAUUGCAGCGCGCCAGAUCAUGGACCCCGACAGUGACCGAGACGUGGAGACGUAUCGCCAGUGUUUCGAGAACAACACCGAUUUCGCCAUCGAGCUCGUCAAGGCGAUCAAGUACGGCACCGGAGGUAUGCUCUUCGACGACCCGACCGAUACCGGCAAUCAGUGCGAAUACCACGACCACGACGACGGCCCCAACUGCCAUGUCAAGGGCAAGGGCAAGCAAGCACUCAAGUCAACCACCCGCCGCCGCGCCCUCAAAUCCGUCAGCUCCGAUCCUUCGACAAAGUCCGUCCAGACUCUCCUCCCACCCCGCCGGCCUCGUCCCCCGCCAAUUCUACAAGCCCCGCCUCCCCGCCACGCUCGCCGCCAGAGCGAGACGACCAGCGCGGGCCCUCUACGCCGCCGCCUCACAAGUCCGGCUUUUUCGACAGUCGAGACGUCAACGGAGCACGCAACGGCGGGUCCGCCGAGCCCCAAGGCGGAAAAGGACAAGUUCCGGAGAGUCACACCCCCAGAGAGACUCCUUCCCACCCCUCCGCUCACCGAGGAGAAUCAGUCACUCCCAGCCCUCGCCGACCGCCCCCCAAGCUCCGACGGCGGGUCUCACCAACACCGGGCUAGCAACACGGUCAGCGAGAACGGCAUGGACGAGAACGCGAAGCCUGAACACACAUCGCCCCCGAGGGGUAUUUGGCAGUGGGCGAGGGCUGGCACUCGAUUGAACAUGCUUGGGAGGAUGCCAACAAUACCACACCCACCGAUGACGCUGAAAGCAGCCACCACGGCUGUCCACGGCGCCCUCGGCGGCGGAAAAGCCGCUACAAAAGACGACUUCAGCAUUCCCUCCGCCGUCUCCACCGAGCCCGACAACGAAACGCAAGCAGAGGAGGUUGCAGAAGCGAAGAUGGAAGGCCUCGGCAUCGCCAACAGCACCGUUGAGCAACGCUCUCUCUUCAGCCAAACCAAGCGCUCCUCCGACGAUCUCGUCGCCCAACUCAACGACACUCCGUCCCCGCAAAACCAAGAGUGGACAAACGGCGAUCACAAGCCCGCCAACGGCGUCCCGAGCGAGCCCAUCACGCCCUCCCCUGCUUCCCGCAAAGCUACCACUAACGGCGUCAUGUCCGAGAACACGAGCACGCCUAGCCCGCACCGCAUCCCCAAGUACAAAAUCGCACUCGCUUCACAAAUUCUCUCACCGCAGCGCGCUGUUUCGUAGUGAUACCCUGUUUUGUUUUCGUUGUGCGACUUGAGCUUUUAGUUGCGUUGACCGCUAUGUGUUAUGAUGGGAUGAGGUGGGAGUUUGGGGUCUGGGACCUGGUAAUAGUGUUGUAUUGUAUAUGUAUGGCAUCGAAAACUUAAUGGGACAUACAGAUCGAUG